AUGGCUUAUAAUUCUAAUUACAACAAUAACAGGAAAAGGUAUAAUCCGAAAUUUAAUAAAAAUCAUCGAUAUAAAAAUAAUUAUCAUAAAGAAACUUAUCUUGAAAGAGAAAGAAGGAUUGAAAUCAAUAGAAGAAGUAAAGAAGAUGAUUAUAUGACACAAGGUCUUAUAUUUGCUGGAAAUGCAGAACUUGACGAUUUAAUUUAUGUUGAAAAAGUUGGUAGAUUAAUAAAAAGAGCUUUUCAAAAUUAUAAAUUAGAACAUGAUAAAUUAAGUACUUAUCAAAUGUUUGAUAUAUCAAGUCGAUUUUUCAUAUACGAUGCACUUAGAUGGAAUAAGGAGUAUUUUGAAGAUUAUAUUGAUAUGCAAUAUGAUAGAGACUUUAUUGAUCUUAGUGAUGAUUCUAGUGAUGAAGAUGAUAAUGAUAAUGGAAAAAUUGAUGAUGAUAAAAAAUCCAAAAAACUUGCAAUAAUUGCAAGAAAGAAAGAAAUUGAAGAGAAAUAUAAACCAAAAAACUAUAUAAAUGCAUUUUUAAAAGAAUUUAAAAGAGACGAUUUUAAAUGUGGAAUCCUUGAUAAAAUUAUAGAAAAUAUUCAAACUCAAAAUAUGAAAUUUACAACUUAUCAAUCAAAGUUUUUUGAAAUUUAUGAUUUACUAGGUAAAGAUGAUAUAACUCCUGAAUUCGAUCAAAUGGCUAUAUAUUAUUUUAAAAAAAAUCUUAAUUAUAAUAUACCAGAACUAUUUUUUUUCAUGCGAGAUAAAAAAAGUAUUGAAGAUAUUCGUGAUAUUUCAAUUCCUUUUUAA